AUGGCUCCAGCCAUAGUCGCACCGGAAGAGGAAGAGGGCCCUCUGUUGUUGGACGUGGACGUGGGCGAUGAGCAUGCCGUUGAUGUUACAAACGAGACGGUAGAGGAAGAGGAGACUGUGCCUAGUACCACUUUGCUGCCUCAGACCACUUUGCCGCCUCAGACCGAUGGUGCAUGGAUAUCAGAGUCUUCAAAAGUGCUCAUCCAAGUAUGCAUGAUCACGCUUCUCUUCGACUUUACUCAAUACUCGAGCUAUGCUCCUUUGACGGCAGUCUUUGAGGAGAUCAUCUGCAACCAUUAUUACCCCCCAGGCUCGGCCCUACGAGACUGCAAGUCCGUCCCCGUGCAGAGUGAGCUCGCACUUGUAAAAGGGUACAAAGAUGCGUUCAACCAAAUACCAAGUAUCAUCCUUGGUAUUCCACUCGGCCUGCUGGCAGAUCGCAUCGGCCGAAAGCCAUUUAUAAUAUUAUUUCUGUUGGGUUUCUUCCUCAGCGACUCGUGGACAAAGAUAGUUUGCCUAUUUCCGCAGCAUCUUCCUUUGCGUCUAGUGUGGUUCGCGCCAGUUCUGAAAGCAUUUGGUGGCGGCGCAAACUUUGGAACGUCAAUGUUCUACACGGUAGUAGCUGACAUUAUGGAAGAGAAGCAUCGGGGUGAUGCAUUCAUGAAACUCUCGGGCAUGGAAAUGGUCGUGCUUGUUGCCGGAGUCCCUUUAAUAUCGAUACUCAUGAGACUCAACUCUUGGUAUCCUCUUGGGCUCUCCACCAUAUGCCUUAUCGCGGCAGGUGCCAUUGCCCUGACGCUUCCAGAGACGCAUCCACAGCACCGAACAACCAACUUUGGAUUGCCAAAAUCAGUGGAAGGAGAAGCUCAAGACGAAGACGCUCCGAUGGCCGAAUCUCAUCUUGUAACGCUGCGAAAGCUACUGCCUCGCGCUUUCACAACGCUGCGAGACUUGUUGAAAGAUACGGGAAUUCUUCUGUCGCUUGCCGUGUUUCUUCUCGUUGCAUUCGGAGCGCAUGUCUGGGCACUACUACUGCAGUAUGUUGCCCAUAAAUUCGAAUGGGAAUUCAGUACGGCAAACCUACUAUUCUCCCUACGUGGCGCCAUCACUCUCCUGCUCUCACUUGUCAUUAUGAGGAUGAUUGACAAAUUUCUCCAGAAGAAGCUGGGCAUCAAGGCUGCCCAGAAGGAUUUACUACUCUGCACGGGAAGUUGUAUUUUGAUCAUUGUAGGAAUUGCCUUGGUUGGAGUAGCACAAAGCCCAGUGCUCAUGAUUGCUGGCGUCGUCAUCUCGGCGCUGGGUUCCUCACUGCUGGUAUCCUUGCGAUCUGCCAUAAUUUCUCUGUUCCCGCAGACGCCCAUGGCGUCACUCAACGCUAUUGCUGGCAUUGCGCAAAGUGUUGGCAUACUCAUAUCGGGCCCCGUGUUGGCUCAAAUAUAUAGCUGGGGACUGUCAAAGGGUGGCUUCUGGUUCGGGACUCCGUUCCUAGUUGCAAGCGGGUUGCACGUGGUAGCACUUGCUGACAUAUUCUAUCUGCGUCUGACCAGAGUUUCAGCGCAAGCCUCUUCGACAUGA